GCGCGGCGGCGGCAGAGGAGGGAGCACUGCGGGAACCAUGCAGCUCCUGCCCAGCCUCUCCCCCGUCACCUGGCUGCUCCUCGGCGCCUUCCUGUGCCUCGUGGCCCUCUAUGGGAUAUGGCCCUACCGGACCUUCACGAAGCUGGGCAUUCCUGGUCCACGGCCUCUGCCAUUUGUGGGAACUUUCCUGGAGUACCGGCAUGGAGUCCACAAUUUUGAUCAGCAGUGCUUUGAAAAGUAUGGAAAAAUCUGGGGGUUUUAUGAUGGCAGGCAGCCUGUGCUGGCUGUUUUGGACCCCAUCCUCAUCAAAAACAUCCUGGUGAAAGAGUGCUACAACCUUUUUACUAAUCGCCGGAAUUUUCGUCUGAACGGGAUCCUGCAGUCAGCCCUCAACGUGGCUGAAGAUGAGCAGUGGAGGAGAAUUCGUACAGUGCUGUCUCCAACCUUCACCACUGGAAAGCUGAAGGAGAUGUUCCAUAUCAUUAAUCACUAUGGUGAAAAAUUAGUGAAAAACAUUGAGAAGAAAGUGGCUAAUGAUGAGUUCGUGACUGCAAAGGACAUUUUUGGAGCUUACAGCAUGGAUGUGGUGACCAGCACUUCUUUCAGUGUCAAUGUUGACUCCAUGAACAACCCCAAUGACCCCUUUGUCACCAACAUUAAGAAAUUUCUCCAAUUCAGUUUCCUAAGUCCUCUGGUCUUACUCUUAGUGUUGUUCCCCUUUGUUAUCCCUGUGCUGGAGAAGAUGAAGGUGACUCUGUUACCCUCAGACGUCAUGGACUUCUUCAAGAACGUCUUCACAAAAAUGAAGACAGAACGGGAAAAAGGUAGCAGCACGGACCGCGUGGAUUUCCUGCAGCUCAUGAUUGAAUCACAGAACUCACAUGAUGGCCCCAAGUCUGCUGAGACCAACUUGGACAAAACAUUAAAUGAUGAAGAGGUUCUGGCUCAGGCUCUUAUCUUUGUCUUUGCUGGUUAUGAGACCACCAGCUCCACCCUCAGCUACAUAGCCUACAACCUGGCCACCCACCCUGACGUGCAGCAGCGACUCCAGGACGAAGUCGAUGCACACCUGCCCAACAAGGCCACUCCCACAUACAGCGCCAUCACUCAGAUGGAGUACUUGGAUAUGGUGGUGAAUGAAUCCAUCCGGCUCUACCCUGCUGGGGGCCGGCUCGAGAGGGUCUGCAAGCAGACUGUGGAGCUCAGUGGAGUGACUAUUCCAGAGGGAAUGGUGGUCGUGAUCCCAGCCUUCGUGCUCCACCGGGACCCGCAGUACUGGCCGGAGCCGGACGAGUUCAGGCCUGAGAGGUUCAGUAAAGAGAACAAAGAGAGUAUUGACCCUUACACCUUCCUGCCAUUCGGGGCUGGCCCCAGGAACUGCAUAGGGAUGAGGUUUGCUCUCCUCGUCGUGAAAGUGGCUGUGGUUGUCCUGUUGCAGAACUUCUCAUUCAGACCCUGCAAAGACACACCGAUCCCACUGGUCCUGGACUCAAAAGGUUUCAUGCAGCCAAAGAAGCCCAUUGUCCUGAAGAUGGUCCCCAGAGCCCAGGCUGACCUGAAGAAGUGAAGGAAACAGGAACAGAGCAAGAGACUCUUAUUUAAUGGUGCCUCCUCCAGCUCUUGAGAGGAGACCAGGUUAAUGUGUGCGCUGUAGGAAUGUCAGGGGAGCAACCCCCCCCAUUUCAUGGGGGUUUGGCCCAGCACAAUUACAUGAGCAUUGUCCUAAUGAACAUGAGCCCCAGGUCCUGCUGUCCCCAGUCACAAUAGGCAUUUUGCAAGACCAUUUGCACUCGAGUUAUUUGGGCAUUUUUUUCUCCCUCUCUGAAGAGGCACUUUUCUAAGCAAUUUGAUUCCAGACACUGUCAGUCUCUUCUGGCAGUGUAAUUUAAAUCAAGAUGGGGAGAGCAAAUUGCACAUAGUUAAGUAAUGCUGCCACUUCUCCUGUUCCCACUGCCUGCUGGGUGACUAUGUGUGUCUUCUGGUUUUAUUCUCCUGGGAAUGCAGAGUUGUCCAGGGCUGUUUCCUCAGCUCUGUGCUAUGACCCUGACAAGUGUUAAAAUGGUCACGUCCUUACAGGACUGAAUGCCUGCAGCAGAUUUUCUGAUGCUGAUUUAUUUAGAUUUUGGUAUUAUUUUAGAUGGCUUUUGUGUGAUUCCAAGUGCAGAUGAGUUAACUGGAGGAGCCCAGAGAGAAGCA